AUGUUGAACCUGGAUGUUCUGCAUACGUACCUGGGUAACAGUUCUCUUCCUCCUAUCUCUAAAAAUGGGAACGGGUCCAAAUCCAACAGAGCGGUCCAGAAAGGGUCGUCCACUCUUAUCGUUGCAGUCUUCACUCUUCUGGAAGUAUGCAAAAAGACAGUCGUUCAGUCCGAUACGGCCACAAUACGAGAUCCGCAGGGCUCUGCCACGAUGACCAGCGAUCGCAAUACCAGCACCAAACUUUCGACACCAGUGUUGAAUCUUCCAAACUUCCAAGAAGCCUUCGAGAAGCAAUGCGGAAAAUAA